AUGCUUCUGCUUGUCGUCGUCGUCUUGCUCGUCUUGGGCGGCCUGGCCGGUUACCUCCGGAAGCGGGAGGCCCGUCUCGGCGCCCGGUGGGUGCCGGACCAGGAGUCGCGGCGCUUCGCCAAAGGGUCCCUGCCGCCGCCGCUGGAUAGGACGAGCAUCCGGUCGUGCCAGCUGCCGCUCCGCACCCGGGGCCGGCACAUUGUCGACGCCAGCGGCCGGCGCUUCCGUCUGUCGUCGGUCAACUGGUAUGGCGCCAGCGACGAGCUCUUCGUGCCCGGCGGGCUCGACGUGCGGCACCGGACCGCCAUUGCCGAGACGAUCCGCAGCAUGGGCUUCAACAGCGUGCGGCUGCCGUACGCCGACGAGCUGGUGCGGUCCGACCCGGUCAUCGACGCCCGCCUCGUCCGCGCCAACCCGGACCUGGCGGGCCGGCGGGCCAUGGACGUGCUCGAGGCCGUCGCGGUGGCCCUGACCGAGGCCGGGCUGGCCGUCAUUGUCAACAAUCACAUCACGAGCGCGACGUGGUGCUGUGGGGCCGACCCGUGCGAUGCCGGGUGGGCCAACGACCACCUUGGCCCGCUGUGUCGCGUGCGGCAGACGGAGGAGCAGUGGAUGCAGAAUUGGGAGGCCGUCAUGGCACGCUUCGUCGACAACCCGCUCGUCAUCGGCGCCGACCUGCGCAACGAAGUCCGAGGUCUGUGGGGGACCAUGCCGUGGGCUAAGUGGGCGGCGGCGGCCGAGCGAUGCGGCAACCGCCUGCUGAGGAUGAAGCCGGACCUGCUCGUCGUCGUCGAAGGCACCGAGUCGGCCAACGACCUGUCGGGCGCGAGGGACCGGCCGGUCCGGCUCGACCUGGCCAACCGGCUCGUCUACUCGGCGCACGUGUAUUCGUGGUCUGGCUGGGGCAGCCUCGAGGGCCGCUUCGCCCAGCGCGAGUACGCGUCGUUUGCGCGGACCAUGCAGCGCAACUGGGCGUACCUGCUGGAGAGCGACACGGCGCCCGUCUGGGUCGGGGAGCUGGGCGCGCCGCGAGACCCGGGCCGCGGGGACGCGCACUACUGGAAGAACCUGUGGAGAUUUCUCAAGUCUGUCGACGCCGACUUUGGAUACUGGGCGCUUAACGCGCGCAAGCCUCGGGAUAAUGCGCCCGAGACGUACUCUUUGGUCGCCGACGACUGGGAGACGCCCGUGCUGGAUUAUCGGAUGAAGGACAUGCUUGAGCUUAUGCGGGCGUGA